CCAACUUUGUCUACUUAUUGUUUUCCUACAUGUUUUUUGUUUAGGUAGCUUUACACAACCAUUCCUAAUUGGCCUUAGUGCCUGCAAACUGUUAGAGAGAGAGGAAUGGAUUCAAUCAGUGCCCCUCAGAAGGCUUCCAACUAUGAUGAAAUUUUUAUGCAGAGUAGUUUGCAAUUUGCAGAAAGCUUGAAGGAUCUGAGAACUUUAAAGAAACAGUUGUAUUCAGCAGCAGAGUAUUUUGAGUCUUCUUAUGAUAAAGAUGAUCGCCAAAUACUUGUGAUGGAAUCGUCGAAAGAUUAUGUUACGAAAGCUGUGGUGAGCACUGUCGACCAUUUGGGGUCGGUAGCUGAUAAGCUCAGUAAAUUCUUGGAUGAAAAGGCUAAUGAGUUCUCCGCAACAGAUAUUAGAAUUUCUUGCAUUCAACAGAAACUAAGCAAAUUUCAAGGAUUCAUCGACUUGAGAGGCGUAUCACGACACACGUUAAUGGUAGAAGCUCCCAAGCACCAUAAGCAGUACAUUGUUGCAGAUAAUCCAUCUGCUAAAGCCUUUCAAGCAGCACGACUAAAGCCUCAACCACCGUUAUCAAGAAAAGGACACCCGAUGGUUCCUUCAGAUGAACCAUCUCAAAAUCAUUCCCACUUUCCCUUCACGCGAGCCAUGUCUAAGAAAGAUACAGGGAAGCGUUCAGUUUCACCACUUAGUUUUCCGCUCAAGAGGUCUGGAUCGUCUGCAUACAGAUCAGUCUCUCCUACCCCUUUGUACAGUAAUCAACAGAUGCAAUGGCAGAGUCCAUCAGAGCCACGAAGAGCUAUGUCAGUGUGCAGAAUAGGGGGCGUGAAGAGGGAAGGACAGAUUGUAGAGUCAUAUACCAAAAGAAGUAAGAAUCUGUUCCGAGCUUUGCUUAAUGCUCACCGGGCAAGAAAGGAGAAUCAUAAGCUGCAAAUGAUGUAUAGAUAGAUAGAAUUCCCUUUGGCUGCUGUACAUUUCUUUUCAAGUAAUAAAGGGUUCCUAGCUUGUGCUAUA